AUGGCGGUUGAACCCUGUUGCUGGAUGACUUAUACAUCCCACCGCGAGACUCAAGAAACGCUUUCAAUUUUGGAUAGUCUUGAAUUGGAUACAGACAAAAAGACGGAGGAAGAAUUAUAUGGAAAGUUUAAAAUGGAAGAAGCCUAUCAGUUGGGACAACUCACAAUGUGGCAGCGAGUUAAGCCAAAGAUUUGGAUGUUAUUUGAUGAGCCAUAUUCUUCAGGCGGAGCCAAGUAUGAAUCUCAGAUAGAAUCGUAA